AUGGACAUCUCACUCUCCUCCGACGCUCUGGAUCUGUCCUUCCACCCUGCGGAGGACACCAACCUCGUCGCGGUCGGGUUGAUAUCGGGCAAGAUCCAGCUGGUCAACUACGACGAUUUCGUCAAUCAACCUUCGUCCUCACGCACGCCGCAACCUCCUUCCAAACGACACAAGCACUCUUCCUCUUCAAUCAAGGGCGAGGAGGAUGAGGGGAAGAAGAUCAAGCUGUAUAAGAAGCUAUGGGUGACGAGGCCGUCGAAAAAAACGUGUCGCGGUCUCAGCUUCAACCCGACCGGCGAGCGGCUGUUUAGCAUAUCCAAAGACAAAUCGUUGUUCAGCAUCGAUUGUUCCACAGGCAAAGUGGUAGAUAGCUGGGUGGAUGCGCACGAAGCGGCGCCGUCUCGGGUGUUGCCGGUCGACCAACUGGUGGUGACCGGUGAUGACGAUGGGGUGGUUCGCCUGUGGGAUCCAAGGAAGGGCGGCGGGAAAGGGGUUAAGCCGGUGAGGAUGUGGGAUCAUCAUUUCGAUUGGAUUACGGAUAUGGUUUACCUCGCCGAUUUGCCCGUGCCUAAGGUUGCCAAGGGCAAAAAGGGCGAGGGGAGGAAGAGCAAGUCGCAACUCAAGAAGGAUCGAAAGCGGGCGAGGGAGGCUGCGGCACUCAAACAGCGGGACUCGUCCGACGACGAAGGGGAAAGUGGGAGUGAGAGCGACUCCUCCUCCGAUGAGGGGCGAGGCAAAGGUCCUAGUCGAUCCCGCCUCAUCGUCACAUCCGGCGAUGGCAGCCUCAGCAGCAUCGACCUGACAUCGUCGGGACCAACAUCCUUCGAGCUCUCCGAAGACCAAGAGGAUGAACUGCUAAGCAUCACCUCCAUCCGCUCCUCGUCCAAACUCGUCGUCGGCACCCAACUCGGCAUUUUGAGCCUCUGGUCCCCCUCGAGAGGGCUGUUGGAUCAUGUGGAUCGCGUACCGGGUCACCCAGCGAGCGUGGAUACGCUCGUAACGCUGGACAGCGAGACCGUGCUCACGGGCAGUUCAGACGGUCUGGUGAGGGUGGUACAGAUUCUGCCGAGCAAGUUGCUGGGCGUGAUCGCGAGCCAUGAUGGGCUGCCCGUGGAGAGGAUGCGGAGGAAGGGGAACGUGCUGGGUAGUGUAGGGCAUAGCAAUUGUGUCAAGUUGACGGAUUUGAGGCCGCUAUUGGAGGAGGAUGAGGAGGGGGAGGAAGAGGAGGGUGCGCUGGGAAUUGUUGGGUUGGGCGAUGAGGAUGAUAGCGAUGACGAGGAGGAGGAGGAUGAUGCAGAAGAGGAGGAGGAUGAUGACUUUGCUGGAUUGCAGACUGUCGAGGAUGGAGAGGAUGACGACGACGACGACGACGACGCGGCAGACGAGCAGGACAUCGAAGCCGAUUCAGACGACGACGACGACGACGACGACGUGCCAAGCAAAAAAGCCGGCAAAGGCGGAUUCUUCUCCGACCUCUGA